AUGAACCUUGAAUUGCAAUACGGUGAACUGUCAAACGACGAGGACUUCGUUAAUAAAUGUGAAGAUCUUAAAAUGAAUUUAAUUGAAGUGCAGAAGGUCUUGGAUCAACUGUUACCUCUCAAAGCGCAAUACGACAAGAUGUCACUUCCAGCUCAAAUUGAACUGGAUCUUUUCCUCUUAUUUGCUUUAAAUUCACUUCAUUGGAUAAAUUUGCGAAUACAAGGGGUGGAUCCUACUACUCAUCCUAUUAAAGAUGAACUUCAGAGAAUAAAAGCAACCAUGGCGAAAUGGCAGCAGGUGAAGGACCGCAAAAAAAGACCCACAUUGGAUAUUGAAGCAACUAAAAGAUUCGUCAGAAGUGGCUUAUACGAUCCGCACAAAGAAACUGCAAAACCGCCAAAUAAGAUAUUCAAAUAUGAUAAU